CAUGACCCAACCAACCAACCGUCAUUAAUAAGCACUGAAUUACAAACAAGGCAAAGAAACAUCAUCCUCCUUAUCCACUCAUUUCAUUUCUCCCUCAAUGUUUUCACGUGGCAUCAUCUCCAACUUCCGAACCCCAACCCUUCCUUUUCCGACAUGCAAAUACUCCAUCUCCGACAAGGACCUCGAGUCCCGAGGCUUCUUCCUCCGCCGCACCAUCUCCGACCUCAACCUCGACCACCUCAACUCUGUCUUCGUAGCUGUGGGAUUCCCUAGGCGUGACACGGAAAAGAUCAAGCUGGCACUUGAACACACCCAAUCCAUACUCUGGGUGGAGCACAAGAAGUCCCAGAAACCAGUGGCCUUUGCUAGAGCUACCGGGGACGGGGUUUUCAAUGCUAUAAUAUGGGACGUGGUGGUGGACCCUUCAUUCCAAGGUAUCGGGCUCGGCAAAGCUGUAAUGGAACGGUUGGUUGAGGAACUGUUGGAGAAAGGUAUUUGUAACAUUUCAUUGUACUCGGAGCCUAGGGUGUUGGGGUUUUAUAGGCCUCUUGGCUUCGUAGCUGAUCCUGACGGAAUUAGAGGCAUGGUCUACUCUAGAAAGCAAAAAAAGAAUAAAUAACUUUUCUUUCUUCCAAAACAGAUGAAAGCUUACAAAUUUAUAAAAUUCAAUCAUAUCUUCUACUUUA